CUCCACCAUGGCAUUCAGCUAUCUCUGCCAUCACAAACCGGGGCGCUCCUUCUCUCACGACCCCAGCAAUCCGCAGCUGAUAACCUGGACCCGGUUCCAACUCGCCUCAUCAUCGCAGCCCGACACCAACGCAUGGGCAUCCUAUUUCCAGCCCCUGGUCCAUGACGUAGGCCACUGCCAGACAGUCUGGGGUAGAGUCAAGAAGAGCGCGAGGCCUGAAGUAUUAGUGGUAACGCUAUGGUGGACAGCCUCCGAAUACAAGGACUUCAAAUCCUCCCCCACGGCACAGCUCUACCACGAGACCCUCGCCACCAGCGGGAUCGUCCUCCUCGCAACCCGCGAGACCGUCUACAGCGGCGCGUCACCGCCCUGGUUCCAUCUCCUCCAGAAGGGUUACAUCCAGCUGAUCAGCGUGGAUUUUCCGGCGCCGGUCGACGAGCCGCAACGGGCCCAGAUCCAGAAGCUCAGGGGGUAUCGCCCGCCGGCUUUACGGUUCCAUGCGCAGCCAGACGAGUGGGAUGCAAUGCGUGGCCCGGUGAUUGUGUGGGCGGCGCAGACGGAGUGGCGGGACGGACAGGAGGUCCAGCUGAUGCUGUGGCCGCAUUUCUGGCGCGAUGCUGACCGCGCGGGGCGGAGGCUUGUUGCUAGUGUUAGGGAGAGGUUUGGGAGGCAGCUUGAGCAGUUCCGGUCGGUGGAGUGGCAGGAGGAGUUUCUGGAGUUUGAGCUUGUGCCUUGUAUUUGAUGGAUUAGGCCUGGGUCUUUAGUCUGGCAAAGCAGCCUGUGUAUGUUGAUCUGUGUGAUACCGAGUUUGCUCGUUGUCUGGAACUUCGUGAUUCU